GAGCUGCCAAAUUAAAUUAAGUAGAUUCAUUCAAAACCAUGAGUUAUUCCCAUCCAUGAAAUCUUAAUUUAUUUGAUCAAAUAAUAAGAAGAUGAAGAUGAAGUGGCAGAAGAAAGACAAGUAUGUGGUUAAGGUGAAUCAAUUGAAGUUGGAAUUGGGAACUUUUGGAACCGACAACAACGUUAAUAACAUGUUCGUUAUUCAGGUUAUGGGAACAGCUACCCAGAAAGUAAAAGCUUCUUCUUCUUCUUCUUCUUCUUCUUCAAUUUGGAGAAGCACUCUUUUUCCCUUUCUUCAUGGUAUUACGAAACCUGCUUAUACACACAACACAACCAUCAAGAGAUUUCUGAGUUCUGAAGAACCCACAAUUGUCACGUGGGACGCACGUGAUCUAUGCGGUUUUCAACUUGGACUCAAAUAUAACGGGUCCUCAAUUGGGGCAUGCCACGUGAAAUUUCAUGUCUUACAUGGGGAGGAUGAUGCAGGAGAAUGUAAGCCUAAUAAUAUGGUGGUAGCUGGAGAAGUUUCCAUGGAUGUUACAAUGGAAGGGAUAACUAAAUCUAAUUCUCAAUUGCUUCAUAAAACGCUUCCAAUUCAAUUGAAUCUUCAUGGUUUGCACAUCAACUCCACACUUUCGGUCUCUUUGAGCAUAAUGGACUUGAGGAAUUUUCAUGAUUACUUGCCAAGAACAUUUGAAAACAUGGGUGAAGUAGAGAACAAACAAAGGGUUAUUGAGAUGGUGGAGUUUGAUCAAACAACUCAACGGAAUCCUUAUGAAUCGGACGAUUCGUCCGAGUUUGAUUCCGAUGAGUCGUCAAUUGAGUCAACAAGCAGCAGCAGUGAUAGCAGUAGUAGCAAUAAUGGAAGCUAUUAUGGAGGAUCAAGAGUGAAUAGAAAUGGAUCAAUGUUAGCAUGGAGUAGAAGCUUUAAGGAAUGUUGGAGGUCUAUAGCAGCUAAAAGGAAACAAGAGACUUUCACCUCUCAUCCAACUUCUUCUAUGGCAUGGGAAAAUAUGGAAGUUAAAAGCAGAGAUGGGAAUUCCAAGUUGAAAACAAAUGUGUUGUUUGCAUCAUUUGACCAAAGAAGCAAAGAAGCCUCAGGUGAUAGUGCAUGUUCAGCACUAGCAGUGUUCAUAGCACAUUGGUUCCUCCAUUCUAACAAGGACUUACCAACAAGGUCCCAAUUUGAUAGGCUCAUAACACAAGGUUCCUCUGAAUGGAGAAGGCUUUGUAAAAUUGGUUCAUACUUAAAGCUCUUUCCGGAUAAGCAUUUUGAUUUGGAGACAAUCUUGGAAGCUAAUUUGAGGCCUUUGAUUGUUCUUCCUUCGGAAUCUUACACCGGAUUCUUCGCCCCGGAGAAGUUCCGGUGCCUACAAGGCGCUAUGUCGUUCGACGAGAUUUGGGACGAGAUAAGUAGGGCUAGUAAUGAGUCGAGAGUUUAUAUUGUGAGUUGGAAGGAUCAUUUCUUUGUUCUAAAAGUGGAAGAAGAUGCUUAUUACAUAAUUGACACUUUAGGGGAAAGACUAUUUCAAGGGUGCAAAAGAGCAUUCAUAUUGAAGUUUGAUGGUUCAAGUUUGAUGCAUUCAAAGGUGGAGAAAAUGGAGAAUGAGCCUUCAAAGAAAAUUGUUUGUAAAGGGAAAGAAUGUUGUAAAGAGUUCAUCAAACUUUUCCUUGCUGCAAUGCCACUUAGGCAAUUAGAAGAGGAAGAGAGUAAAGGGAAUGUUUCUACUACUAAUUCUUAUCUUCAUAGGUUCUUGCAAAUUGAUGUCCAUUUUUGCUCUUCAUCAUCAUUAUAUUAGAAGAGGAACACUAUGGAUUGCAUUCAUUUUUUGUGCUUGUUAACCAUAAAGAUUUCUUGAGGAUUGAACAAAGAUACUCAUAACUUUGCUUUGUAAAUCACUAUUGAUUAAUAUAUCAAUACAUCAAUUGUAUUUUAUUAUUAGGUUAA